CGAAAUGCCCGCAGGAGCCACCGGCCGCCUGCAAAGAUGUUGCACUGGAAUGAGGAAGUGGAGUGGCGAGGGGAGGGACUGAGAGCGGAGCUGCCUCCUGUCGCUCUGCUUGGCCGAGGAGCCGCUGCACAUGGAAGUGGAGAGAUCUGGGCGAGUUCUUUGCAUCCAGCUCCGGCCAGAGCAGGUCAAGACUCCUUUUUGAAGCGAUGGAGUAGUCCGUUCUUCAUUUUUCCACGAGUGCCAUCAAUAUGUAGGAUGUCAAUGGGCUUAACUUUCAAUAAUUUGAGGAAAAUGGAAACAGAUGAGGCUCAAGAUAUGUCCCAAGUUUCUGGGAAAGAAAGUCCUCCAGUAAGCGAUGCUCCAGAUGACACUGAUGAGCCCAUGCCUGUACCAGAAGAUCUUUCAACUAGCACAGGAGGAUUGCCAAAUUCUAGAAAUGAAAGAGUUUUGGCUGCAUAUGGGGCUGAAGGCUUUAAGGAUUUUCACACCAUCAUCCCCAAAUCUUUUUCUCCCAGUAAUAUUAAAGUAGAGACACAGAGUGAUGAAGAGAAUGGGCAUGCCUGUGAAAUGAAUGGGGAAGAAUGUGCGGAGGAUUUACGAAUGCUUGAUGCCUCUGGAGACAAAAUGAAUGGCUCACACAGUGGCAGCAAAGCCAUGUCAGGAGUUGGAGGCAUUCGACUCCCUAACGGAAAGCUAAAGUGUGAUGUCUGUGGGAUAAUUUGCAUCGGUCCCAAUGUUCUUAUGGUUCACAAGAGAAGCCACACUGGCGAACGCCCCUUCCAGUGUAAUCAGUGUGGGGCAUCCUUUACUCAAAAGGGCAACCUUCUCCGCCACAUAAAGUUACACUCCGGCGAAAAGCCCUUCAAGUGCCACUUGUGUAACUAUGCUUGCCGUCGUAGAGAUGCUCUUACGGGCCAUCUGAGGACCCAUUCCGUUGGCAAACCUCAUAAAUGUGGAUAUUGUGGUCGGAGUUAUAAGCAGCGAAGCUCUUUGGAAGAACAUAAGGAGCGCUGCCACAACUAUUUACAAACCAUGAAUCUUUCAGGUGGCCUCUAUCCGGUCAUGAAAGAGGAAACCAGCCAAAGUGAAAUGGCUGAAGACCUGUGUAAGAUGGGAUCAGAGCGCUCCCUUAUGCUGGACAGACUAGCAAGUAACGUCGCCAAACGUAAGAGUUCUCUGCCUCAGAAAUUUGUUGGUGAGAAGUGUAUAUCUGAUAUUCCCUAUGAUGCAACCACCAAUUAUGAAAAGGAGAAUGAUAUGAUGCAAACCCAUGUCAUUGACCAAGCUAUUAAUAAUGCCAUCAAUUAUCUAGGGGCAGAAUCUUUGCGCCCUUUGGUGCAGACACCCCCUGGUGGCUCAGAAGGAGUGUCUGUCAUCAGUCCAAUGUAUCAGCUUCACAAACCCCUUGGAGACAACCAUGCUCGCGCCAAUCAUGCAGCUCAGGACAGUGCAGUGGAAAACUUACUGUUACUUUCUAAAACCAAGUCCAUCUCUUCAGAAAGGGACCCUUCACCCAGCAACAGCGGCCAAGACUCCACCGAUACCGAGAGCAAUAAUGAAGAACGUAGUGGUUUAAUAUACCUUACCAACCACAUAGUGCCUCAUGCACGGAAUGGCCUCUCCAUAAAAGAAGAACACAGGCAGUAUGAUGUCCUAAGAGGAAGCAAUGACAGCUCCCAAGAUGCUUUCAAAGUAAUCAAUGGCAAUGGGGAGCAAGUAAAAGUCUACAGAUGUGAACACUGUAGAAUUCUUUUUCUAGACCAUGUAAUGUAUACCAUCCACAUGGGUUGUCAUGGGUUCCGCAAUCCUUUUGAGUGUAAUAUGUGUGGCUAUCACAGCCAGGAUAGGUAUGAGUUUUCUUCCCACAUAACUCGAGGGGAACACCGCUUCCACAUGAAUUAAAACUUUUGCAGUACUUAGUAUUUGGAGAUACAUGAAUAGCAGCCAUAAAGAAAAAGAAAAAACACGACCAGGAUAGUAGUCAAUAAAAAUAUACAUCAGAAAGCUGGGCUGCCAGAAAUGAGCUCUUCUUGUAGCAUGCAUACAUGAGACAGUUUUAUAUUGAUAAUAGUGGUUUUUGCAAAUGUAGGUAACCAAAAAUGUUAGUGUAGUAAACAGAAAUUUUUAGUUAAGUGAAAGAACCUUUUUCUCGCUAGCAAGUGCACUCCCACUGCCCCCACCUCCCAUUUAAGGCUGUUAAUUGUGCACACUCAUCUCUGGCUGAAAUGUAGAAAGAUAAAAUUAGCACAUUUUUAUGCAGAUGUUUUGAAAAUACACUUUUUACACCAUAAUUUUUUGUAAUAAUUUGGUGGUUCCUUAAAUCAACAAUCUAGACUUAGAACAGGUUAAAACCACUCAUUUUUCUGCCUACCCUUUGUCUCAACAGAAACAAUUUUUUUUUUUUGUAACCAAUGCUCCAAUCCCAUGAUUUAGUUAAUGGAAGCAGAGUAUGGCCAGAAGAAUUUAAAGUUGUGUUGCUCUGAAAAUAAAGCACCAAUACUAUUAUGUUAAUUGUAGAUAUCAUUUUCAUGAGUUAUUCAAAGAAAAAUCUACUUGCACCAAUUAAUUUGUGAAAGCAUGAAGUGCUUUGCCCAAAUGCAGAUCUGUUAAGUAAAAAUAUCUUCAAGGACCAAUCAUUUAGUUUUAGUACAACUACAAACUGAUCUUAAACCAAUUCAGUGUAAAUCAAUUGCAAAGUCUGACUGGUGAAAUAUAAAAGAAAGCCUAUUGUAUAGUUUGAAACAAUUACAUAUAUGCUGUAUUUUUAUCUGUUCUUGCCUUAUGGCAGAGCAGUAUUCUGUUUCUCAUGCAAUUGAGUUUAUAAAACAACUUGGAAUCCUGACAAGGGACAUAACAAUGUUUUUUCUUCUUCUUAAAAACACAUCAUCAUCACUUCUGCAACUUUUAGGCAUAGAAGAAGGGAGAACAUUUUAUUAGGGCUAUUGUGUGAAAUUUCAUGUUCACUUUGUUAAAUAUUGAUGCUGGUAGCUUUUAGUCUUAUUAGUUGAGGAUCAAUAUUGAUAAAUAACAUAUAACAAACUAUACAUAUUCAGUGUAGCCUGGUUUCAUUUGAUUCAGUUGCAUAAGGCUGUUCAUGCAUAUUCAAAAUUUUUAUGUAAAACAUGCCCAAUUAGGAUAACACCUUUUUUAUAGAUCAAUUUGGCACAUUAUUGAUAAGUGGUCCAUUUUAUUCCUGAUUGUAAAACUGAUGAUAAAGUCUCCACCAAUACACUUUUUUGUUGUUUUGUGGUUUUAAUGCUUCAUCGGUUAGAAAAUAGGAAAAGCUACAAUGUUGAGAUUAUUUGAAGGAGAUAUUCUUUUGAAAAACUCAGUACAGAGGUACCUUGAUACUCAUCCUUAAUUGGUUCCAGGAGGUGCAACAAGCAUUAAAAAGAUGAGGAUCAAACAAAUUAUGUGACUUAUCAUGACAUUUUGUUUUGGCCAGGAAGGACUUCUUAUCUGUUCCUUUUUCCCAUGUCAGUGACCUACUCAGCAUGGCUGACUUCCUGUCUGCCCUCUGCAGCUGUCUCCCACUUCAUUUUGCAGCAAUUUUUCCGACUUUAUGUUUUCUUUCUGCUGCUAUCCCCCACUUUGCAGUGUGAUGAUCACCAACAAAUGAUGAAUAUCGGAACAACAUUUUCUCAUCAAAAUGCGUCAAGUAUCAAUUCAAUGAGUUUUAAGGCAGUCAAGUACUGAGGUACCACUGCACUAUCAAGUUAAAUCCUACCUGCAAACUCCAUACUUUGUUCAGUUUGCACUUAAAGUGCAUUUUUAUUUUUAUAAUAGUUUUGUCUCUGUUCUUCAAGUUUACCAAUUUUAUAUGCAUCCAUUUGAUAACAGUGAAAGAUUGUUCAUAUGUUAUAUAAUUCAAGUUUGUCAUGGGAUAUAUGUUGAAUAGGGAGUCACAACCACUUCAGGUACACUUUGAUGCACUUCAAUGACACAUUUUUACCAAACAUUUGUUAUACUCUACACAUUUUUAGUAAACAUUUUAAAAUAAGGAAGCAUACACCUAAAGGUAUUGCCCCUUCUAAUUGGCCUCUUCUAUAUCUGGUUUUUAAAUUUGUAAUUUCUAAGAGUGGCUUUCACUGCUGAGCCUUCAUUUCGAUUCAUCAUUUUUCAUAAGCACAAGCUGCCCACUACAUUGCACACACUGAUUUUUUCCCAAAUGCAUAGACUGAUCUAUGUUCACCUUCCUUGGCAUUUGAGGCUUAGCUCCAUUCACUGAACAAAAUGGUCAACUUGUAGGUGAACAUCAGUGCGAUGAUUAGGUAAUCCUAAACAAUUUUCUGUAGUCCACAAGACAUAAGUAUAUUUAAAAUUAAUAUACUUUGUCUUUGAAUAGGUGUCAACUAUUGUAUGAUCAGAGUUUAUGGUGUUUCUUGUUCUAGUUUUUUCUUUUUAAUAUUGAAAGCAAAUAUACUUUAGGGAGGGAUAAUAUUAGUGAUCUACACUGUACUGACAAUCGUUGGAAUUGUCAUAUUUGCCACACUGCUGUUCAAAAUAAGUCUUGUUUUGUUUGAAAAUAAAUGACGGCUUUUAUUUU